AUAUCGUUUCGCUUGUUAAGAAGAGAAACAAAUAUUUUAUUUCUAUAAAAGGCUCCACUCUUUCCUUCACAUCUUCACAGUAACAGCAUACCUCACUUUUCCUGACCAAAAGUACAAAAAUCUUCCUACAAAAAAUCAUCAUGCAAAACAUCAUCUUCACCUUGUUGGCGACUGUCGCUCUUUCUUCCGCUGGAGGAAUCCAAGGCUCUUACCAAGCCCAGUACACCCAGCAUUCCCACGCCGUGGUGGCCCAUGCUGCCCCCAUCGUCCACGCCGCACCAGUUCUUCACGCUGCCCCCGUCGUGCACCACGCCGUCGCCACCCCGGUCGUCCGAUCCGUCGCUGUCGUCCCAUCCGCAUACGCCUCGACUUACGCUUACCGCGCUCCAGCCGCCAAGGUCCUCGCCGUAGCGCACGCUCAACCCAUCGUGUACGCUCAACCACGACCAAUCAUCCGAACGGCCGUCGUCGCUCCAUACGCGCCCGCUUUCCGUGUCGCCACUCCAGUCGUUCACCACGCCACGGUUGCCCACGCCCCACUUGUUCAUCACGCGGUCGCAGCACCAGCCGUUGUUGCGCAUCAUGGCGCUUAUUUCCAUUAAGGAAAACUACUAAUUUAUGUACAACAUUAGGAAACGAUUCGUAAAAAAUAUGUAUGAGAUUUGGUCUGAAGAAAAUAAAAUUCGAGAGUCUAAUUCAA